CGGAUCUCGUAUCCAACGGUGGAAAACGGCCCACCGCGCCGAACCCUCGAAGCUUCGCCUUGCCCCUCGCGGUCCUCUCGAUCCCUCCGAAGCGACUCAGCCCACCAUGUCUUCCUCGUCGCUCUCGUCUGCUCCCGGAUUCGUCUACAAGAGAGCGAAUCGGGAAGCGAUGCAGCGCCUCGCGACAUCCCUUCGCCCGCUUCGCCAACUGGGGAUGAUGGGAUCCAAACCCUCGAGGUCGGCAUCCAUCUCGUCGCGGUUCAAGUCGUCCGCGGCCGUGCCGGAGGAGCCGGAGCUCGGUGAGUUUCUGGACUACAUGGAGAAAUUGAAGAAUUACGAGAGGGUCGGUGUUCCCCUAGGGGCCGGAACGGACACCGAUGAUGGCUUCGAUCUUGGGAGGAUGAGGCGGUUGCUGCAGCGGCUCGGAAAUCCCCACAAACAAUUUAAGGCUGUUCAUAUUGCUGGCACCAAAGGAAAAGGAUCCACUGCUGCAUUUAUUUCCAAUAUUUUACGUGAAGAAGGUUACUCUGUUGGCUGCUACACUAGUCCACACCUAUUGAGCAUAAGGGAACGCAUUUCUGUUGGAAGAGGUGGAGAUCCUGUUUCAGCAGGUUUAUUAAAGAAAGUUUUCUGUGAGGUGAAGGAGAUCAUUGAUCAAUCAAUAGAACAGGAAAAGGGGGCUCUGAGCCACUUUGAGGUUUUCACUGCUCUUGCCUAUCUCCUGUUCUCUGAAGAGAGGGUUGACAUUGCUGUUAUUGAAGCUGGCCUCGGUGGAGCUAGGGAUGCUACGAAUGUUAUAUGCAGCACUGAACUAGCUACAUCAGUUAUAACAUCGAUAGGUGAGGAACACUUGGCUGCAUUAGGUGGUUCAUUAGAAAGCAUUGCGAUGGCAAAAUCGGGGAUCAUCAAGCAUGGAUGCCCAGUUGUUAUUGGUGGACCUUUUGAGUCACACAUUGAAUGCAUUAUUAGGCAUAAAGCAUCUCUGAUGAAGUCCAUGGUGAUAUCAGCAUGUGAUCCUGGCAUUCAGAAAACAUUAAAAUGGUUAAGAAUGGAAGAUGGAAAACCUAGUCAGACCUGUGACAUAGUCAUCCAAUUGGAGGAUUUGCAAAUGUUUAUCACAUUACCUAAUGUGAACCUCCACUUGCUUGGUGCCCAUCAGCUUCAAAAUGCUGUCACAGCUACUUGUACAGCAUUGUGCCUUGGUAAUCAAGGGUGGGUGAUCUCAGAGAAGUCCAUCCGAGCUGGUUUAGAGAAAACAAGGUUGCUUGGGAGAAGCCAAUUUCUAACACAGAUGGAAGUUUCAUCAAUUGGAUUGUCUGGAACAACCAUUCUUAUCGAUGGAGCCCACACUGAAGCAUCUGCUAAAGGUUUAGCUGAGGUGAUAAGGAUGGUGCAACCAGAUGGAGUAUUGGCAUUUUUGGUGGCAAUGGCCAGUGAUAAAGACCACUUAGCAUUUGCAAGACAACUUCUCUCGGGUCGAAGACCAGAGCUCAUCUUGCUGACCGAGGUGAGCAUAGCAGGGGGCAGAUCUCGCAUUGCUUUAGCUUCGACCUUGAAGGAAGCUUGGACCAAAGCUUUGUUAGAGUCAGGUGCUGACUUUGUAGAUGUCGGGAUUAUGGACGAUGAGAAGGCUAUCGAGGACCAUGGCAGCUGCUCGUUGAUAACAUCAGAUCCCAACGAAGUGAUGUUGGCUUCCUGCGAGAAUGCAUCUAUAGUCGACUCAGUUAAGCUUGCAGAUCAGCUGCUCAAAUCCAGAUCAAGAGAUCAGCCAGCUCUCAUCGUUGUCACUGGGUCCCUGCAUGUGGUUUCCUCCUUAUUAGCAGCUUUGCACCAUUGACCAAUUCCCACUGCUUUGAUUGAUCAUAGAGGUGCUUAUAAACCUCGCUUAAUAAUGCUUGUCCGGAUUAAUCUCAGGAAUUUUUCAGAAGCAUUCUUCAGGAGAUGGAAUGUUGGGUCAAACAGGGAUACCCCAUUGAUCGAGUCAACUCAAAUUUUAUAGACA